AUGAUGUUUGAGAUUUAUGCAAAUGACUCGUUUGUGGGAGGGAUAUUCCGGGCAAGAAUAAUGGUUAGGAAGCACUUUGAGCAAGAAGAAGCGAUGGAUGUGUUUGUAACAGCCAGGAUAGUUGGAGCUCUUGUUAUUAAUGGCUAUGAGAUCAAGAUUUUAGAGGCUGUUCCUGUGCAGCUUGUGAUUCAAGACAACGGUGCUAAUUAUGCAUGUGUGAUACCGAGGAGCAGUGUUCCAUCGAUGAAGCUUAAUUCAUUUGAGGUUCUAUACAGAGUUGUGGUUGAAAUGUAUUUUAGAGGAACAAAGGAGGUUGAGACGAAAAUGUUUGAAGUAUAUGCUGUUGGGUUUGAGCCACUGAAGUGUAUGGAGAAUGUUGUGAUAUGCAAGGAGAUGAUUAGAGUGGGGGAAGGAGAAGAAACAGCAUUUGAAGAAAUAGUCAGGAGUGUGCGUAGAAUGCUUGGAGAAAGCGUAGACGGAAUUGAGGAUACGGUUAGCAGCAAGGCAAGGAAGAUUGAAGAUCUUGGGGAGUUUAUGGAUGAUGUAAUGCAUAGGUUUGGAGCGUUGUAUAAGGGAGACGUGUAUCUGCACAUGUCGGUAGAUGAUUUUUGUGUUGAGAAUGAACGGCGCAAGGUUGUUAUCAAGGAUGGGGAUAUGGAGAUUGCUAGGGUUGAGUAUGGAAAGUACCUAAUCGAUGAGGAUAGGAUGGUAGUAAGGUACGAACGAAUGGUGAAGCGUACAGAAGUGUUUAUUGUGGUUGUUGAAUGCAUAGAUGGAGAAGUUUAUAGCGAAGAGGAGAUACUUAUUGAUGCAUUUGAAUCGGAGAGGUGUGUGUUUAAAGAGGUAUCUGUGAUGUUUGAUAGGCGAGGAUGUUUUACGAUUGAAUAUGGAGGGAUUUGCGUGAGGUUUGUGUACAGAGUUGUUCUUGAUGGCAAGAGGUAUGCUCUUCCGCUACUGAAGAUAAGUAGAGACUCGCUGAUACGAAUGGAAUGA